AUUCUGUACUUAAAAGGCCACAGGCAGACAGAUGUUGACAAGAAAGUCUGUUUUGAAACCACGUUCGGAUAGAUUUCUGCUAACUGCCCAGAUAAAUAGGAGCAGAGGGCUGGUCACCUCUGUAAUAACCACCGGCAGCAGUAGAAGAAACCGCAGCUUCAGAAGCAGCCAGAGACUUCUGAGCAGCGAAGGCGCUGCCUGCUCGAGCUGCCUGGCCGGGCGGCUGCCCUAGACGCCGACUUCGCCGAGGCCCUCUCUCUCUCUCUCUCUCUCUCUCUCUCUUUGCUUCUUUCCUUAUCACUUCUUUCUUCUCGGUGGACUUCAGGCCACUUUGUCUCCCACCCCCACUCAGCUCGUCGCCUCCUCCGUCUUCCUUCUCCAUCUCUCCUCUCGCCCCCCUUCUCUCGGUGUCACGCUCCGUCCUAGUUCCGAGCGUCGUCAAACUUUUGAACAGAAUAACAGGACUCAGCAAACAAGUCCUCCAGCUCCUCCCGCAGCUCCGGCUCGUUCCUGCGGCUCCUGCUCAGACGCUAACGCCAGACGGCGAUGCCUCUUGGGUUGUGACUGCAGCGCACAAACUUGGAGAAGCUCUUUGCCCGCCGUCCUACUUGGCAGCAAAUCCUCUCCUGGCAGCGAAUGACCAUGUGUAGCGGAGCGAGGCUGGCCCUGCUCGUUUACGGGAUACUGAUGCACAGCAGCGUCUACGGCUCACCUGCCGCCUCCGGACUCCGGUUCCCGGGGAUCAGGCCGGAGAACGAGGCGUACGACGAGGACGGAAACCCGCAGCCGGACUUCUACGACUCGGAGCCGCCAGGCGUGGGGAGCCCCGCCUCCGCGCUGCGCGAUGCCUACGCGCUCUACUACCCGGCGGAGGAAAGAGAUGUCGCCCACGGGAUUCUUGAUAAGGCCUACCGCAAAGUGCUGGACCAGCUGUCCGCCAGGAGAUACCUGCAGACGCUCAUGGCCAAGGGCUUGGGUGGGACCCCGGGCGGCGGCGCAGACGACGACUCGGAGCCGCUCUCCAAGCGCCACUCGGACGGCAUCUUCACUGACAGCUACAGCCGCUACCGGAAGCAAAUGGCUGUUAAGAAAUACUUGGCGGCUGUCCUAGGGAAAAGGUAUAAACAAAGGGUUAAAAACAAAGGCCGGCGAAUACCGUACUUGUAGCGAGGAGUUACCAGCUAUCCUGUGUAUACAGCCCUGACACAAUGAGAAGUCGUUUUUCCCAACUGACUGAACUGUCAUCGCUGCUGUGUUCUGUCCCACAUGUAUUUAUGUAUGAAGUCAAGCCAUUAAAUGAAUAUUUUGAUAAUAAUAUUGUUUUUCUUUUUACGAAGCACUAGAGAAUGCACAGAUAUACUUUGUGGACCAAUUAUUGAUAUUGACAUAUAUAUUACGAAUAUAUAAAGAGUAUAUAUAUAUAAGUAUAAUAGAGAGCCGUUCAUACAGUGUGCACAAGGACUGAAGAUUCGCCUGAGCUGUUUGUUUUUAUAUAAAAUAAAUAGAAAAAUAGACAAUCAUUGUUUUGAAUAUUACUCCUAUUUUUGUAAACUGGAAUUAAAAGGAUAGUAUUUUUAUCCACAGUAGGCCUGAAGAUAUUAAUCCUGACCAUUUGCUACUGUACAUAAACAGUGAUGCCCUGCUCCAGGGAGACUUUGAAGUAAUGAUUUGGGAGGAUUGCUGAAGGUCUCUCUUUCCCAGGGAGUCUCUGGGGCAGGCUGCUUCAAUCCCAGCUGAACUCAACUGAGGCUCUGUCUACCCCUUGCUGGGUGGCAAUGCCAAUACUUCCGCUUUCUUUGAUUCUAUUUUUAUGUGUAUUUGUCUCUCUUCAGACUCUCAGCCCACAAGGAAAUUCUCCUGAUAAAACAACAGCUGGAUCUAAAUUGUGCUUCUCCCCAGAAUUCAUACUACUCCCUGGGGGAGGAGUUGGGGGACUGUACAGAGAAGAGAGACUUGACUAGGAAGCUCUCUUUUCUGUACUUCGGGGGACCCCAGUAUCCCAAGGUUAGGGCAAUUGGAACAUAGUGGGAAUAUUGGAAAAGGCAGAGCAUAACGCAGUAGGGGGAGGAUCCUGGAGAGGGACUGGCUUCAGGCAGCCCCAGGCCUGGGGGCUGGUGGUAAGCCCGGUCCCACCACAGGUCCCCUGCCUGCCUGACUUUGGGCGCUGGGUAUUGGAAAUGGAUGCAAAGUACAAUGUGUUUUUCUCCAGUGCUAUCCAUGCUGCUCAUGUUGUGAAAUGGCCAGGAUCCUCCCCUUUGAACCCUGCUCUGUAGGAGCCUCCCUUUUCUUCCGUGGUUUUUCUGAAGACUCCUCUUUCCCACCUUCUCGCACUGUUUACGUACUGUUUGCUGUUUUUUAUUCACUUCUCUUAAACUUGUGAAUGCUUCUUUUCCUGUUGUUUGAUGCUAGCACUUAUUGUAAAGUGUAGGAACCCCUGUGUGGUUACCGCUAAGUAAUUAUGCACUAUAUAUGAAUCUUUUGUUUCUUGUUGAUUGAGUUUGUAGGUAAAAUGUAUUUUUCUACAUUUAUGGCUUAUUGCUUAGUAAAAUUUAUUUCAUAAAACCAACCUUUGUGAUAUUAGAAUGUGUAGUGUUCACAUGUUGCUCAGUUGUACUAACUGAUAAAUCAUUUAAACC